UGCCGAGCUCUUAACAUGAAAGUCAGUAGCGACCCUGGCAGCUGGGUGACGCAUGUGGGAACAGUGGGAGUGACCCUGGCUGGGAAACAGGAGGCCUGGAUAUUGUUUCUCUUCUCUGUAUCCUGCUCGGAAUCACAGGACUCUGAACUCGCAAGCCUGUACAAUGGCCUUCCCCGGCCGAUCACGCCCGUGCACCAUCCCAGAGAAUGAAGAAAUCCCCCCGACAGUCCUUAACAGUGUCCCCGAGGCUAAUGGGAAUGAAGACGAGAGGGCUGUAUCCAAGCUGCAGCGAAGGCACAGUGAUGUCAAAGUCUACAAGGAAUUUUGUGACUUUUAUGCGAAAUUCAACAUGGCCAAUGCCUUGGCCAGCGCCACCUGUGAGCGCUGCAAGGGAGGCUUUGCACCUGCCGAGAAGAUCGUGAACAGUAAUGGCGAGCUGUACCAUGAACAGUGCUUCGUGUGUGCUCAGUGCUUCCAGCAAUUCCCAGAAGGACUCUUCUAUGAGUUUGAAGGAAGGAAGUACUGUGAGCAUGAUUUCCAGAUGCUCUUUGCUCCCUGCUGCCACCAGUGUGGUGAAUUCAUCAUUGGUCGGGUUAUUAAAGCCAUGAACAACAGCUGGCAUCCUGAAUGCUUUCGAUGUGACCUCUGCCAGGAAGUGCUGGCAGACAUAGGGUUUGUCAAGAAUGCUGGCAGACACCUGUGUCGUCCAUGUCAUAAUCGUGAAAAGGCCAGAGGCCUUGGAAAAUACAUCUGCCAGAAAUGCCAUGCCAUCAUUGAUGAACAGCCUCUGAUCUUCAAGAAUGACCCUUACCAUCCAGACCACUUCAACUGUGCCAACUGCGGGAAGGAGCUAACUGCUGAUGCCCGGGAGCUGAAAGGGGAGCUGUACUGUCUGCCAUGUCAUGAUAAGAUGGGGGUCCCUAUCUGUGGUGCUUGUCGGAGGCCCAUUGAAGGGCGAGUAGUGAAUGCCAUGGGCAAGCAAUGGCAUGUGGAGCAUUUUGUUUGUGCAAAAUGUGAAAAGCCAUUUCUUGGACAUCGCCAUUAUGAGAGGAAGGGCUUGGCCUAUUGUGAAACUCACUAUAAUCAGCUGUUUGGUGAUGUCUGUUUCCACUGCAACCGUGUCAUAGAAGGGGAUGUGGUCUCUGCCCUCAACAAGGCCUGGUGUGUGAGCUGCUUUGCCUGUUCCACCUGCAAUACCAAGUUAACACUCAAGAAUAAAUUUGUGGAGUUUGACAUGAAGCCAGUCUGUAAGAAGUGCUAUGAGAAAUUCCCACUGGAACUGAAGAAAAGACUUAAGAAACUGGCUGAGACUUUAGGGAGGAAGUAACUUCUAGUUGGUUUGUUUUGUUCUGUUCUGUCUUCUAACCAAUAGUACUUAAGUUGACCCACCCUUAUCUAAAGGUGGAUCAAAGCAUUAGAGAGAAUGCUUUUCUUCACUUCCCUUUUCUGAUUUAAAAAGAAAACAUAUCUAUUCCGAUGUAAAACACAGAUGAAAUCAAGACUUUAGCCUUAGCAGUCUGUGGACUGUUUAGAAAAAAAAAAGAGAAAAGAAAGAAAAGAAAAAAAAAAAAAAAACAUGUUAAAGGGUAAUUUUGAUUAAGCCUUGUCCUCCAAUCAAUAAAUUUAACUCUUCAACAUUAAGCACUGUGCUCUGCAAAUCAACGCUGGGUCCGGGUGGAAAGAGAACCCACUUCCUCCACAGUCCUAGGCCAGCCACAGCUGCAUAUUGAAACCUUGUUUCAAAGAAAGAAAAGUGGCUGUGUACGUCAUAUUACCUGUGUGCUGAUACCUAUGCUUCAUACCUAAUCUAACUUGCCUUGCUUGCCUUAGAAAACUGCAUUCCCUAAUCAGGAAUGCUAUAUAAUACCAAAUAAAAAUAAAUAGUUUGACUGGGAUUUAUAUAGUGAGCUUUUACAUGACUCAGAUUUUAAAAGACUCCAGACUUUAUUUUAUAUCAUAAGAAAAUAAUUUCUCACUCAUAUACUGGAGAAGGAUAUAAGAAAGAUAAGUAAACUACCAAAAUAAUUCCUAUGCAGUCUUAGUGUAUUUAUCCAGCUAGUGUUGUAAAAGGAACAUGCUAAGAAGCAAAAAUGUUUCAGAAUGACUUGAAUUUUUGUUAAAUCACUAUGCUUAGUUUUCUAUUUUGUUCUUAUGAACUUUUUUCUUCAUACAGUUACUUAAUAAAGUUGCUGUAGCUACUAAUAUGUCUUUUACAGUCUUGAGCAAAACAAACAAAAAAACUAUGCCAGUUAUCUUGAAAAUACUGCACACUUUGUGAUAUUGGGAAAAUGAAGCAUUUAAAAAAUAUAUUACACAAUUAUGCUUUUAAGCUUAAUGUAAAAUAUAUAGUAUUCAAAUAGGACAUGAGAUGAAAUAUUAUGCAGCUUGGAAUGUAUACUUUGAAAAGUGGGUGUGAGCCAGGGAUGGCAGCCCUGGUCUUUAAUCCCUGCACUCUGGAUGCACAGGCGGACAGAUCUCUUACAGAUCUCUUGGGAGUCCUAGGCCAGCUAAGGCUGCAUAUUGAAACAUUGUUUCAAAAAAAGUGACUGUGUAGGUCAUAUUACCUGUGUGCUAAUAUUUAUGCUUCAGACAUAAUCUAACUUGCCUUGCCUUAGAAAACUGCAUUCCCGCCAUGCAGCAAUGGCGCACGCCUUUAAUUCCAGCUCUGGGGAGGCAGAGCCAAGGCAGAUCUCUGUGAGUUCGAGGACAGCCUGGUCUACAGAGCGAGAUCCAGGACAGGCACCAAAACUACACAGAGAAACCCUGUCUCAAAAAAACAAAAACAAAAUAGAGAAAAGAAAAGAAAACUUCAUUCCCUAAUCAAGAAUUCUAGAUGUUUCAUAUAAUACCAAAUAAAAAUACUUGGACUGAGAUUUAUAAAUUUAGAAUCAUUCACCACUGAUAUAAACUUUUUUAAAAAUUCUUUUCUCAGGAAGCCAAUGGAAAUUAAUCCCUGUCCUCUUAUUAGAAUGAUGGUGAUAUAUGUUUUAGUUUUUUUUUUUUUUCAUUUCAAAUGUAAUAAUUUGGUUUUAUCUACUAUAAGAUAGUAAAAAGUUAUAAAUGAUACCUUUAGAUUGAAAGAAGGUAGUAAGAAUAUUAACUUUAGGUAAAAAUCGGUUCUAUUUCAUAAAAAUUUUUAUCCUGAAAUGUCUGGACCAUUUUUUUUUUAUAAACUCAAUAUGCAACAGUAUGAGCAUUUUAAAAAUGUUUCUGCUGCUAACGUGUUGCCUUUUUUUUCUAAGUUACCAAGAUAUAUAUAGCCAACAUUGCUGGGUAUAGUGACUCACAUUGUAGUCUCAGCACUUGGGAGCUAAAGCAGGAAGGUUGAUAUGAUUUGGAGUCCAAUCCUAGUCUGUGAUGCUGUCCCCCAAGACAUCCCCAUAAACAAAAACACUAGUAUAUUGCUUUGCCAUAAAGGCUAUCUCAGGGGCCUAGGAAAGAGCUCAGUUGGUAAAGUACUUGUCAUACCAGUCUGAGGACCUGAGUUUGAACCUGGAGGUGAACAGAUUUCUGGACUCACUGGGUAGCCAACCCAGCCUAACUGGUGAGCCCCAGAUCCAAGGGGAAUAUCUGUCUCAAAAGAAGCAAAGUGGAUGGUUCCUGAGGACUGACAGACACCCCAAGAUGGACAUCUGGUCUCCACAUACACACACUUAUGCACACAUUCAGAAAUAUAUACUAACACAUAUACACAAAAAAGUGUAUCUCAGGAUUCUAUUACUCUGCCAUUCAAAUGUUUGUAACCAUGACUUUUUUCAAAUACUUGGUUGUGCACAUUAUAGAAUACAUUUCUGUUUUCAGAUAACUAACUUGUAACCAGUUCUUUUAUUUUUUAAUAUUCUUUUGUGAUUAAGAAAACUAAGUGAUUAAAAACAAUACAUGCUUUGUGUUUGUUUAGCAGUUUAAAAUUGUGUUUGACAAUAAGAACCAAAAUAUCUUCAGUGUGCCUUUGCCAGCUAAUGAUGACAAGCAGUGAACACCUUAAAAGUAUUUAUGAAGUAUUAUCCAUGCGCUUAGGCAAGUAGAAUUUGUAGUCUAGGGUCUCGCUGCUAAGUUCUUAGGUACCUCACUAGAAAUAGGGAGCAGAAAAGCAGGCGUGCACAUGCUUCCCUCAUCGCUUUGGAGAUGUAUGGCCUGAGCCUUUGCUUACACGUCUUACAUGUCAUCGCAUAGCCAGUCCCCACUGCCAUCUUUGCUCAGUCCGCUUCAGACAGGACUCUUCCUGCAAGUUUGACUUGGUAAUUAUAUGAUACAUAAUCAAGAGAAGGUGCUUCUCUCUGUGGUGGGUGUCAUUGGAGCCCUUAGUGUGGAAGAAGAUGGGGAGGUUUAAGUGGAGCAAAGACAAAGACGUGGUCUAGUUCCUGUUUGUUGUUGGGUUUUGCUGGCUGCUGGCAUUGCCAGUGAACAUCUCUGUUUGAGUUUUAGGGGCAAUCUGAAAUAAUUCUUUGUGCUCAUCAGAUUUCUAAGUGCUCUUUUUGUCCUUAGUUAUCCUAAUGUAAUGGGGAAAACGGAUACACAUAAAAUAUUUUUGUGUCAUGUUCAAAGCCUUAUUAACACUUUGCCUGAAAUAGGUCAUUUUGCCUCAUCCAUUUGCCAAAGUAGCCAAUUCCAAGUUUAGGAAACUUUGAUGUAGGCUGACAAUAUUCUUGUAUUUUAUUUUAGAUUGUAAGCUUAAUGGCAGGAAAUUAUAUCAAUAACUGUGCUUUUUAUGUACCAACCAUUGCUGUAUACCUUUGGUGCUUAAUAAAUGUUCAUAAUUAUUCAUAA